UUAAAAAAUUAAUUUCUAAUUUUCCGGCUGCCCAGAGCAGUCAUGCUACGCACAAACUUGCUCAAUGUUUUCAAGCACUUUCUUCUUCUUUUUUAACCUUUCUUUCGAAUGGCUGCAUCUCAAGCAGCUCUCAUCUCACACACAGGUUUUUCCUGGAAAAAGUAUCAGGUCCAAGAUGAGAGGCUCUAGACAGGAGAGGUGCCAAGAAGCAGAGCUUUAUAUGACAAUCCAUUAAGGUAAGAAAAGCCAGCCUCCUCUGAUGCUUCACAUGUCAAUCCGUUCAUUCAACUGGACAAGGCAUGAAGCUCCUUGCAUUUCUAACAUGGUACAGGCAAAGGAUUCCGAGUUAUACAAGCCAGUAUUGAUGGAGUCCUACACCUCACCGGGGGCUUCAUAUCCUGCAUUAGUUUUCUGGUUUGAAUUGCCAUUAGUUGCAUUGAGGUUCGACAGUAGUCUUCCACAUCAUCAGGUACAUUUUCUCUGUUUUGAGGUUGCAGUAUUGAUAGCACACCAAUCCAAGGGUAAAUGUGAGCUACAGAUUCAAACCUUUCGGGAGUUCAGUGCUCAAACAUCAUAUUCCCAGAAAUGAAGUCAAAAGAUACGACUCAUCAUCGC